AUGCUUCAACUCAUAACAAGCCCAGCCAUGACUAACCCAGCGCUUGCGUGGUUUAGUUUGUUGGUUUCCACAGUUAUCCCGCUGCAAUUCACCAUAGAGUACCUUAAUAUGAGUGGCAGCGGGCCAGAGCCAACCCCGCUGAGUAUUCUACUUCUCAAGUUUUGGUGUUUGCAUGCGAUGACUCGCGUAAUUCCUAACCCCCUAGUUUAUGUGUUCCAAUCACUACCUCUGUCCAACGUUAUUGAGUUGGGAGCGUGGCUGGUUCUUACAAGAGAACUGGUAAGCCAGUUCGGAAAACUGGAGAUCGCCAAAGGGUACCGAGUGGAAUCUAAAGGGAAGCCUCCCUCGCAAGAUCAGAGAUUCUUGUGGACUAGCUAUUUCAUGUCGAUUUCCAAUCGACCCCCGACUGACCGAUAUGUCUUUGGGCAGCUCACUUUCUAUAGUCUUGCAGUCAUAGAGAGGUGGCCAUUGGAUUUGCAGGUGCUGGAUUCCAGUUUUCGCACGGUCAUGGGGUGGAUAUCUCAACUGCGGUCCAAAGCCCCCCCGCAAACCCCAGUGCAAACUUCAGCUUGGACAUGGGGCUACAACUGGUUUGCAGGCCAAACCAACCAGACGAGCAAGAGUGAAGAGGAAUACGAUUUGUUGGAAGACGUAAUUCAAGACAUCAAACGGUCGUAG